CAACAAUCUGCUGCCUGGCUGCCUUUGCAGCAGUGACCGUCGGAGAGGACAGGACCCUGGCCGAGAUGCAGGCCCCGGGGGCCCCCAGUCCCGGGCAGACCUGCGUGCUGAUCCUGAUCUUCACCGUGCUCCUGCAGUCCCUCUGCGUGGCCGUGACUUAUCUGUAUUUCACCAGUGAAUUGAGGCAGAUGCAGGACAAAUACUCCCAAAGUGGCAUUGCUUGUUUCUUAAAGGAAGACGAUAACUCUUGGGACCCCAACGAUGAAGACAGCAUGAACAACCCAUGCUGGCAACUGAAGUGGCAGCUCCGUCAGUUUGUUAGAAAGAUUUUGAGAACCUAUGAGGAAACCAUUCCUACAGUUCCAGAAAAACAGAUCAAUAUUCCUUACCUAGUAAGAGGUCCUCAGAGAGUAGCAGCCCACAUUACUGGAACCAGUCGGAGAAGAAGUGCAUUCCCAGUGUCAAGCUCCAAGAAUGAAAAAGCUUUGGGCCAGAAAAUAAACUCCUGGGAGUCAUCAAGAAAGGGACAUUCAUUCUUGAAUAAUUUGCACUUGAGGAAUGGAGAGCUGAUUAUUCAUCAGAGGGGAUUUUAUUACAUCUAUUCCCAAACAUACUUUCGAUUUCAGGAACCUGAGGAAACAGAACAGAACAGAAAGAGAAACAAACAAAUGGUACAAUAUAUUUACAAAUAUACAAGUUAUCCUGAGCCAAUACUGCUGAUGAAAAGUGCUAGAAAUAGUUGUUGGUCUAAGGAUUCAGAAUACGGACUCUAUUCCAUCUAUCAAGGUGGGAUAUUCGAGCUGAAGGAAAAUGACAGAAUUUUUGUCUCUGUCAAUAACGAACAAUUGAUUGACAUGGACCAAGAAGCCAGCUUUUUCGGGGCAUUUUUAAUUGGCUAAAUAACCUGCAAAGAUAAAACAGUAUUCUCAAAGUGACCAUUCACAACAAAGCAAGGAAGCCUGAGCAGAGCUGCCUCAACCACAAAACCAAAAGAGCAACACACGGUUUUCUAAUAUCUGUGAGAGUGACCAAGUCUAAGAAAGCAACAAAGAUCUGUAAGAAAGCGAAAUUGCCAAAAGACCAAUCACGGCACUACCUGAUAUCAGUUUGCUAGCGGGAAUCUAGAAGAUUCUGUUUCCAAACACUUGCAUACUAUAAACAUCUUUUUUAUUAUCUGUUCUUGUGAAGAUCCCAGACGAUUAAUGAUCCAUCUCUUAAGUAGUAUAUCACCUUGGUCACUUCCAGGUUGCCCUAAGGGACGACAUUCCCCAAGUUGGAAGAGAAAGGGGAACCAGUAAAAAAAAGGUUACGAUCUUAGGAAGCAAGCCUGUGCUGACACAUUCCAUGUGCAAAGGCAAUUUGUGUUGUACAUGACGUCACAGGAGGUAUCUCACACAUCUGGAUUUAGUGGGAAGAAGAACAUUCUACUCAAAAUAAUAUCAUGUUGUUAAAAAAAAACAAACUAAAUUUAUGUUGACGAAAUAAGGAGCUAUUUCUGAAUGGCUUGUGCUUUUCCCUACCAAAAGCCAAACUGGCCAAAAGCACUAAUAUUUUUGAUAAAGGACACUGUGAUAAGUGAAUCAGGGAAUUUGAUCUUAUGGGGGCAAGAGUAGAAAUGGGAAAGUGGAAAUGACAAACACAGGAACAUCAGCAGAAAAGAGCCAAAGAAAGAUCCUAUGCCCAUUCCCUACCCUCCCACCCCAUCCUCCACUGCCAAAUGUCUUAUCUAGUAUCAUCUCCUUAAGGUUGUAUUAUUUUUUUGCCUCUGCCAGAAGAGCAGCAAUCGCUUUUAUCUUCCAAACUUAUGGCACAAAGCAUUUUAUUUGCCAUUUCAUCUAACCAGUUGGAGAAAAAAAUUAGUUGGUGUAUUUGUCUAAUCUCUUCUAAUUAUUAUCCUAAACACAGUUUAAUUUAUCCUUUUGAGUUUUGUGCCCAAAUGUUCACUUAAAUGUGUCUGAUCACAAAACUCUUUUUCAAAAAUGGUUAUUUACAUUUAAAUUUACAACAUGCUGCUGAUACCUGGCACUUCUGGCCCUUCCUACGCUAUUUUCCAUAACACUAGUCAAGUUCUUACAUACUGACAAAUUCGCUUGUUAUUCUGUUUUUCAAAGCCUGCUUCAUCUCUCUAGAAUAUAAGGCUGUGAUAGCGGGGAACAUUUAGUCCUAUUCAUAUCUGUAACCUCCAUACCUGGGACAAGUACCCUAAUAUGGUACCCACACAAAAUGUAUUUGUGAAUAAAUGAAUGACUGAGCAAAUGAA